GCGGAGGAAGUCACGUGGCGAGCGCUCACAUGACCGGCGGCGCGAUGGACCCGCUGCCCACCGCGCCCGGAGCUGCAGCUGCUGAGGCAGAGGCGGACGAGGAGGCGGACCCGCCAGCGGCAGACUCGCCAGUGCCCCCGGUCAGCGAGCCCAGGGCCCCGGACGCCGGUCGGAUGCAGGUGCCGCCGGGGAACCCGCUGCUGCUGUCGCUGACGCUGCAGGAGCUGCUGGCCAGGGACGCCGUGCAGGUGGAGCUCGUCCCCGAGAAGAAGGGCCUGUUCCUGAAGCACGUGGAGUAUGAGGUGUCCAGCCAGCGCUUCAAGUCCUGCGUGUACCGCCGCUACAACGACUUCGUGGUCUUCCACGAGACGCUGCUGCACAAGUUCCCGUACCGCAUGGUGCCUGCCCUGCCGCCCAAGAGGAUGCUAGGAGCCGACAGGGAGUUCAUCGAGGCCCGGAGGCGGGCGCUGAAGCGCUUUAUCAACCUGGUGGCCCGGCACCCGCCCUUCUCCGAGGACGGGGUCCUCAAGCUCUUCCUGUCCUUCAGCGGCCCCGACGUGCAGAACAAGCUGAGGGAGUCUGCUCAGCGCGUGGGAGACGAGUUCAUGAACUGCAAGCUGGCGGCUCGGGCCAAGGACUUCCUCCCGGCCGACAUCCAGACCCAGUUCGCCAUGAGCCGCGAGCUGAUUCGAAACAUCUACAACAGCUUUCACAAGCUCCGUGAUCGGGCUGAGCGCAUGGUGUCGCGGGCCAUCGACAACGCCGCCGACCUUCUCAUAUUCGGGAAGGAGCUGAGUGCUCUGGGGUCUGACACGACCCCGCUCCCCUCCUGGGCCUCACUCAACAGCAGCACAUGGGGGUCCCUCAAACAGGCGCUGAAAGGCCUGUCCGUGGAGUUCGCGCUGCUGGCUGACAAGGCCGCACAGCAGGGCAAACAGGAGGAGAAUGACGUGGUGGAGAAGCUGAACCUCUUCCUGGACUUGCUGCAGUCCUACAAAGACCUGUGCGAGAGGCACGAGAAGGGCGUGCUGCACAGGCACCAGCGUGCGCUGCACACGUACAGCCUGAUGAAGCGGCAGGUGGUGAGCGCCGCCGCGCAGAGCCGCGAGCCCGAGUCCGUGGAGCAGCUGGAGUCCCGCAUCGUGGAGCAGGAGAGCGUGAUCCAGACCAUGGAGCUCCGCAACUACUACUCCCUGUACUGCCUGCACCAGGAGACGCAGCUGGUCCACGCGUACCUGCCGCUCACCUCCCACAUCCUCGGCGCCUUCGUCAACUCCCAGGUCCAAGGGCACAAGGAGAUGAGCAAGGUGUGGAACGAUCUGCAGCCCAAGCUCCGCUGCCUCUUCGUGGGACCACACGGCGCCCCGGCCCCCCCGAGGCCCCCCCAGGACGGCCCGUCUGCCCACUAGUGCUGGAGGGCUCGGAGGCAGCUCGGCGCGCUCACUAAAGCUUCUUUUCGAACAGUGUGUCCCUGUUUGAUUCCCUUGGUUGGCGCCCGCCCCCACCCCAAGGGCUUGCGCGUCGGGCUGCAGCCCCAUGGAGGGGCCGACGACCAGGCCGGGGCUCAGAGGGGCCGAGGGUCCAGGUAGCCGUGGCUCCCCUCCCUCUCGGGGAGCAAGGCCGGGGCUGCGCGGGCUGUCUUGCCCAUCCUGACCGUGCUGUGGCGGUCAGCCUGGUGCUAGGAGCCUGUCAAUCCCUGGAGCGGUUUCCCCCAGGUUCCCUGAGGAGCAGCCUGGCGGCCCUGGCCUGUGUGUGCCUGCCUCCAUGCCCGCAUAUGUGUGCCCGCCGGGCUGGGCCUGGGGAGACAGAGGGACCGCGGUGUCUGGAGGCUCGGGAGCUGGUGCCUCUGCCAUGGGUCUGUCCAGGUUCAGAUGGCUGCCGUCCCUUCUCAGGCGGGCCGAGGCUGGCCGUGCAGUGACGUGCGGGCGUGUCUGCUGAUCUCUCGUCUUCAGAGCAGCGGGCUCCCCUUCAGCCUCCCUCCCGCUCUCUCCGGCCGGGCGUCUGAGACCAAUGGGGUUGUGUCCGCCUGGGGCAGGGUGUUUCUGCUCUGGAACCCGCCUGCCCCCCACCCCUCACGGCUCUCUGCUCGGAGGGGGCUUGGAGCAGGGUGACUGCAGGGGAGGGCUCCUGAGGGUCUCCCAGGAACACGUGCCUGGUUUGGGGGCUGCCCUCCGUCUGAAGUCCGCAUGCAGGGUCCGGAGGCUCAGGGACAGGGAGGCGUCCCUGACGAGCUGACACACGUCUGGUCCAGGACACACUGUGUCCUACCUGGGCCUGGGCCCGCCACACCUGGGCCCUGCCAGUGCCCCCAGAGCAGCCUCGGGGGUGCGGGCAGGCGACUGCCCCCCUGGCCUGAGCCCCCCACAGUGGACACGUGUGCCGGGGCAUUCCGUGCCAUCUGUCCCUCUGGGCUGUCGUCUGCAUUUUGAUCUCUGUGGAAACAGGCGCCCCCCACCCUGAGGCUCUGUGCUGCCCCACAGGCCAGCCCCCAGGCGCCGUGUCCACUGGAGUCAUGGAGCGUGACCACAGGCCUCUGCCGUCCCUGCCCCAUGGUGGAGGCCCCGCCCCAGGGCCCACGGUGGGAGCUGAGGGGCCAGCGGCACAGGUCGGGGGGAGCGUCUCCCCACACGGGGCACCAGGGCGAGUUCUGGCAGCAAAGACUUGAGAUGCUGUUCCGGGGUGACUCCUUCUGGAGGACUGGCCCCCACGUGGACUCCAGGAGCACACAUUCUUUAGGGGCUGCGGGGGUGGGGUUGGGGGUGCUUUCUAGCCCGCGUCCUCCUGACCCCAGGAGAGGCGGCGUCGGGAGGCUGGGGGGUGAGGGGGGCAGGCUGUGUCCCCCUGCCAGCAGCUGGGCACGGAGGCGCCUUUUCUCUGGAGCCCCGCCCCCUCCCCCGGGCUGCUGCUGGAUGCAGGCUUUCUGGUCAGUGUUUGCUGCGGGAGAGGCUGCUCCCAGCUCGGGGUCCCCACACCCUCUGCAUCCUUCCUGGUGCCCAGGCUUCCCUCGCCCCCGGGGAGACCUGGCCAGUCCUGCAAAAGGACGCCGGCUCUGUGGCCUCGGCGGGAGCCCACAGCCCUCCCCGGCCGCCGCGGGCUAUGCCUUCAGGCCACGUCCCUGCAGCCUGUGUCUGGCGGGCUCAGUGUAACUCAGCCACAGCCUAGUCGCUGGGCGAAGCCGCGGAAGGGGGACGGAGACGGGGCCGGGGCGCGGGCCUUGGGGGCGCAGGCCGGGUGCGGCUGCCGGAAUUCAGGGCGGCCCUGCACCUGAGGCCUCCUCUCUUGCUUUCUGCGAGUUGGUUUAUGUAUAAAGCACUUUACGAGGCUGCAGGAAUCAAUGACCGCCCCAUCCAAUUAACUGGAAUUGUUUACAAAUGAGUUACAUUCUGAGAUUUUUAUCAGUGAACUUAUGGGAACAACGAUCAUUAAACUAUUUAUAAAA